CAAUUUAUGCUGUUUAUGUAAAUUCACCCACGCUCUGGGCCUGUAAUUAACCAGCUACCUUUGGGAGCUCGAGCAGACAAGAUAUAUAUACAGUCUUUGUCAGAGCAAUGUCUCUCUAACGACUACUCUUUGUGGUACCAAUUCAAGCUCGAUAUAAUGUUGACAAAUUUGGCAACAACCAUCAUGUCCAAAUCACUGGCAGAUGAGAACCGCUCUCGAGAUGUGCGCAGACGCAUUGAGGUGAUCCACAAGAAACUGGCUGACCUGCAAGAGUUGGGCAUACCCUGUGCAUUCUGCUACUCUUCUGCAAGAAACACUGGGAGCAUCUUCACUCUAGGAGAUGCCCGUAUCACCGAUGUCGUAGAGCGGCAUAAAAAUGAAAUAUUGGUCAACUUAUCAGGCGAUAACUCGGAGCAGAGUGAGGGGAAUAAAACGGAGAUUCAUCUCAUCUUACCGCCUCUUCCCUUGCCCUUGGAGGAGCUCAGUCGCCACACGCUGCAGUCUAUGAUAGUCGGCAUCAUUAAAGACUUGAGGUUGAGAUGGACGGACCCCACUCCAAGCUGGUGGCCGUCGGACGUCCCGUUUGUGCAUCCAAGAUCCAUGCCUCAGAGUUACUGUGGUAAUUUGGUGCAAGCACUACGGAAAGUUCUGGAUAGUGUGUACAGCUACUUCAGUUAUGAUGUCACCAAGUAUAUAUCCAAUCAACUGGAACAAGAGACCGAAUCAAACAAUACUUGUCACGUCAGCAGAGUCCAACCUCAAGCGAAAAUGGAUCCCGAAUCUGACGAAACAACUCUAAACGUACAAGAUCCCAAGAUGACUAGAGAUAGUGACGAAGCUACAGUCGAAAAAAAGCCUCCGACAAGAACCUUAUCAAAUUUCACUGUCGAGAAUAUCCUAAUGAGUCAUCCACACAACUCUUCUACUUCAUCUCACUCUCCCUCUAGUACCAGUACAGGCUCUAGCCUCACCUCACCUAUAGCCGAAUACUCGUCCAUACUACCCGGGAAUUGGAUCAGCCACCCUCCAGUCAAGUACACCAAGUACACUAUGCUCAGUCCCGGAUCAAUGGGUGAUGAUAAAGCCGCCAAGAAAAAGCAGAGCAACAGUGGUGAAACUAUCACCACCACGGUGUCGUCAAAUUCACGACAGAGACAUCACUCCAGUAGCAUUGAGAGCACGUCUAGUUCGAGUGAAUCGCAAAAAUUGAUGAUGCGCAGAGUUCCCUCUAAUCCAAUCACUCGCGUGCCGAGUGGCGAGCAACUUCACUAUACCUUUACAACCCGACCUACCACAGGCAAUAAUGGCCACCAUAAUAUGAGGAGCAAACUCGUGUCUACCGAUGAUACCAAGCCGCUACAGAUCCACUCAUUCACACAAAGUCAUCCAAUGCUCACCACAAAGAGUGUGUCCACACUACCAGUCAUACAAGCCAUUCCCUACUCCUCGCCGGUCGGGAAAUCAGCUGUUCUGCAGCAAAACUUUCCACCGACUCGGCAAUUUGUUCUCCUUGUACCCUCGACGACAGCAAACGUUAGCGACGGAUUGCAGGCAGUUGUGUACGCUAACCAGACACAGAUAUCGACAAGUUCUCAAUCGACUAAAUCCUCUCUUUCCGAGCAGACGUCUGAAUUAAAUUCCCCUUCUCACACUCACCCAAGUACUGAUACUGACAAGAAACUUUUAGAGACGUACAGACCAAUUGCACCCAAGAGUAAAUCAACACCGUUUAGAGAGAUCUCAACUGUUCCUGCUAGUACUGCACUCGAUAAAAAGCCAUACAAACGGCCACCAAUUGUUGGAAAACCUCAGAAACUUCGAUUCCACAUGACGACUGUUGUUAAGCGUCCGAAACACAGUGCAAUGACAAGCAGCAUGACCGUGGACUCUCCCUCUACCAUCAACCAGAGAACGAAAACAACAUCCUUCGUAAUGGACUCACAUCCUUCUGCAGAGAUACUGGCUGAAAAGCACAUCACAAAAGCCAAAAACAACUACUCGAAUGAAAAGCUAACAACUGAAGACUCCAGUAAUGCAGAAAAUACUGCAGAUAGUCCACAAAGUAUUGCUUCAAACGAUGAAUCGAAUACACACCCUAUAAAUGAAAUCAGGGAUCAGCCCAGCCAAUCUCCAGGAGCUCAUCACACAGACCUCACUGACAGCAAGAAAGACAAGCUCACUUUCAUUCACUGCCACGAAGACAAACAGUUUGAGGAUAAUGGACGCACCACCAGGAGCUAUACCAGACGGAAAAGAGAACUAACUUUUCAUCUCUAUGAGGAUCCAGAGACGGCAUUCAAGACGAAACGAAACUGCAAAGAGUAGUAUUUUUUUUAUGUGUUUUGUGUUUUGUGUACAUGUUUUGUGUCACCAAAUGCAUUUCAAUUUUGCAUUUAUACCGCA